AUGUCAUCAUCGGCUGAAAUCAAGCCAGUAACUUCCAACGAGGAGGCUGUAGAUUUAUUGACAAGCUUCCUUGACCGCACCACGAUAAAGGCUGACGAGCCCGCGGCAACGAAACCCAAGCCGCUCGAGUCUAAGUCGCCCGGAUCCAACUAUACCUUCGUCGACAGCCGGGAGGCUUUGUCUGAUGCGAUCGAUGGUCUUGUUGAUCUCCCGAGUAGCCCGCCAUCUCUCUACGUCGACCUGGAGGGUAACAACCUCUCCCGCCACGGGACCGUCUCCAUCCUCCAAAUUCACGUCCGCACCACCGGGCACACCUACUUGAUCGACGUCCUCAUCCUUGGCCCCCUCGCGUUCUCUACCCCGGGAAUUCUCCAUGCCGAGACCACCCUCAAGUCGAUCCUUGAGAGCGACAAGAUACCAAAGGUCUUCUUCGACGUCCGCAAUGACUCGGACGCCCUCUACUCCCACUACGACAUCAGCCUCUCGGGCAUCCACGACCUCCAGCUCAUGGCGCUCGCCACCCGCAACCCCGGGCAGCGGAGACUCAUCACCGGCCUGGCCAAGUGCAUCGAGAAAGACGCGCCCCUUUCCUACACGGAGAGAUUGCGUUUGGCCGCCGUCAAGGCAAAGGGGACGGCGCUGUUCAGCCCCGAGAAGGGGGGCAGCUACGCCGUCUUCGACGCGAGGCCCCUAUCCAGGGAGAUUGCGGAGUACUGCGUGCAGGACACCGCGAUACUGCCCAGGUUGUGGUCGCACUACGAUAGGCAGCUGAGCAGCGUGUGGGACGAGAGGGUGCGGGACAUGUCGAGGAGGCGGGUGAGGGAGUCUCAGUCGCCCACUUUCAACGGCAAGGGGCGGCAUAUGGCGCUGGCUCCCGUAGAGUGGGCCAGGUUGAGGGACUGA